GUCUAAGUGGUGACGAGUGGGACCCUUGUCGUGCACCUAACACCACGAUGGACGACUAUCUGAUGUAUGGGUUCUCCCUCUGGGGGACCCUUUGGCGUCUCCUCUUUCCUCUGGGCUUCUGGCCCACGUUCACGUGUAGAGCAGGGACUCGGGGUGGUACUUCCACCCAACCUUACACGAAGGAGGAGGAGGAGAAGAUGGCCGCCAUCCUGCAGGAGAGGAAGGAGAAGAAGGAGGCUCAGAAGAAAGCCUUGAGGGAGGAGCAGGCGGCCAAAUUGAAGAAGAUAGAAGAAGAGAUGGCGAGAGAGAAGGAGAGGAUACAGAAAGAAGAAGAAGAGAAGUUGAAAGAGGUGGAAGAGGAGGAGGAAGAUGACCAGCCACUGCAAAGGAAGAAAGGGCAGUACAGUGGCAGCAAGGGUGAAGAGUUGGAGAAACGGAUUUCAGAAUGGGUCGCGAACUUAUCCCUGGGAGAAGAAGAAGAAGUAACUAUGUAUAUCCCCAAGCAGGACCAGGAAGCCGCUAUGAAAAAAUGGGAAGCAGAAGGAGAUGUUUUGAAGCGGCAGGCGAUGGAAGAUGAAACGAGGAUGGAGUGGAAACUCGCCAUGAUGAGGGAGAAGAAGAGAAGAGAAGACGCGGCGAGUGAAGCGGUCAAGGAACUGGAGGAGGUGCAACAACUCACGUUAAGAUUGACCCCUCAGGUAGACCUCGAGCAAAAGGUACAACUCAUUGCCCAGAGUGUUGAGCGCUUAGCCCGAGUGCAAGAACGACAGUGCGAUUUUAGUCGGAGUCAGGACAUGGCUGUGCGCUCAAUGCGAAUGGGGUUUCGAGACUUUGCUCGCGAAUUGGUAGGCGCGAUAGGAGCCGAGGUGAACCAUCGCCUCGAGAAGACUGAACGUUUCUGUGCUGGCGCCAUUGAGGGCGUCAAGGCGGCAGCUCCCAAGGAGGACGAACCACGCCCGCGUAGGGAGCCAGUCAAGGUCAAAUUCCCUGAUUCCUACAGUGGGAAGAGGGAAGAGAACUUUAACAACUCGGAGGCCAACGUCAAGACCUACGUGCAUCUGCAACAGGUCUCCCCAGAUCAGCAAGUCCUAAUUGCGAUCCAUGCACUUAGAGAUGAGGCCGCUAAUUUCGCAAGGUCCCUUGUUCGUGCUGCCAAUUGCAGCGACGAUCCAGUUGCGUAUUCCUCGUUCACUUCCCUCACUGAGUUCAUGAAAUUGCUGCGCGAGCGAUUUGCUGAUGUCGCUCGAAGUGUCAAAGCCUCGGACAAGCUUCAGACGAUCCAUGCCCGUAAGUGGAAGAGUGUCAGGGCACUCAAGAGCACAAUGGCCGAACUAGUAGCUGUCCCUGACCACGGGGUUACUGACACCCAGUUGGUUGCCCUCUUCUAUAGGGCGAUGCUCGAAGCUUUUCGCGUGCACUUCUUCGCGAAGAGCGAAGACCCUGCCACCACUUACGAUUCCCUUAGCCGUGAAGUGGUGGCCUUCGAGGCAAAGUAUGUGUCAAUCUCCACCUUCUGGCACAAAGAUUUGGAUAAGGGGAAGCAAUGGAAGGGCCGCACUAUCUCUGGGCAAGUGAAGACUAAGGAUAGUCUUGUCCUAACUGGAGACGAGGGUAGUGUGGAUGAGAUCCCCUACGAUCAGAUGGAGUGGGGGUUAGAGGAGGAGGACAGCGGCGUGGGCUAGGGGAGAACUUACACUGCUGUCGCGGCUGGAGGGAGGCCGCAAGGAGGAGGACGAGGCCAGGGUCAAAGGGGCCGGGCCUCAGGGGGGGGCGCUUCCAGGGCGAUCAGGGGGUUGGCGGCAGAGGAGGAAACCGCCAAGCGGGAGGCAGGGGUCAAGGUCCCCCACAAAACCGUCCUAGGAAUAGGUCUCCCUACAGGGUAGAAGGAUGGCACCCGGGGCUACCGCAGGGUAGGCCUUGGGAAACUUUGGGUCUGGACCAGACUUUAUGGCAACAACGAUUGGACCGGUGCAAGUGCAUUUUCUGCGGUGACCCGGGCCACAUCAUCAAAUACUGUCCCAAGUAUCGAGAGACCCGAACGACUGCUCAAGGGCCAAAAGGCAGCCGCCGGUAGGGGUAGCAACUGCCCCUACCACUAGGCCAUGUGGGGAACAUAGCGCUAGCCGGCAGGAGACUACCGCACCACAUGUGCCUAUGGCAGAGGUUGCAGGCCGGUGUCUAGAUAGCUUCCCAGAGACUGCUUGUGAUAGGGUCUCUCUAGACACCUCCCUCACAGGCGUGGCCGAAGAGUUGAAGGAGAGAAGGCCCGCCUGGGCCAAGAUGAAAAAGGAGAAUAAAGGGCAGCUUAUAUU